AUGCAGAUGAAACCACCCCUACAAAAAUCAUCAGGUAUCCAUGAUGUUAAUGCUCCAUGCCAGAUACCACAAGUCCACAAUCUACUAUGCAAGGAAAAUUCUAAAUUCAAAUAUCGUGUUGUUCAGCAUAUUGGUUCUGGAGCUUUUGGAACCGUUUUUCAAUCGAUAUCUCCUACAGGCAAUAUUGUUGCAGUGAAGAAAGUCUUCCAGAAUCCUCAUUUCAAAAACCGAGAACUUGAAGUAUUAAAAGCGUUAAAAUCGCCAAACUGCUUAUCAUUACAUGAUUACUACACAGAAAAAGAAUCCGGAACAGAUAAUACCUAUCUAUUCCUCGUCAUUGAAUUCCUUCCAAUGUCUUUGAGACAUUGCAUCAAAGAAUCAAGACUUUUCUCAAACAAAUUCGAUCCAAUUCUUCAUAAAUUAUAUUCUUAUCAAAUAUUAACAGGUUUGAGAGAUAUUCAUGCAUUAGGAAUAGCUCACAGAGACAUAAAACCCGAAAAUAUUCUUGUCAAUCCAUUACAUGGAGAAAUUAAAAUCUGCGACUUCGGAUCAGCUAAGUUCAUUCUCAAUGAUAGAAACUCAGUACCAGAAGUCGGAUCCUUGAACUACAGAGCACCAGAAUUAUUAUUAGGAAAUCGCACUUAUUCAACAGAGAUUGAUAUUUGGGCAGCGGGAUGCGUCAUAGCAGAGAUGGUCCUCGAUAAUAUUUCGAUGUUCCCAGGUACUAAUGAUACCAAUCAAAUGGAAGGUAUUGUAAAAGUUCUCGGACAGCCAACACCAGAAGAGGAUAAGAGCUUCCCACACCCAAUACCAUUCCCUAACGAAGAGAAAAUUGCAGAUAUUUCGAUCAUUUUACCAUACAAAUGUGAUCCUUUAUUAAUUGAUUUACUUAAAUCAAUUUUCGUAUACAACCCUAGCAAGCGUCCAACAGCAGCACAGCUAAUGAAGCAUCCGUACUUCAAAUCUUUGUUCUCUGUAACAAAGUUACCAAAUGGUGCUCCAAUGCCAAAGCUCGCUCAGCCAUAA